AAAGAUAGAUACGUUAACUUUGUGAGGCUGUGAACCUGCUCUGCUAUCUUCUCAUCUCCAAUAGUUACCGACCCCAUUUAUGGCAGCAACAGCGCCACUCCAAACAACGCACUAAAUGCCAUUUUCAGUGUCUAUGGUACGGCUUUUUCAACUACCUCAUCUGUCUUGAUUCAACACACGUUCACCAUUGAAUUUCAAGCCUCAAAUUGUGCACAGCCAAUGACACCACACUGCAAAUGUUCCACUUCCCGAGGUGCUCCCUGAUGUAAAGUUGCGUUUUUAGCUCCAUGAACCAAGUUGAACACUGUCCAAGUUCGCUUUUUUCCUUCAUGGUGCUCGUCAAUUGCAUGCUGUUGAAUAGAGUUUUCUUCUGGGUAGUUUACUUUUGAAAGCUUUCAAGUUUGGAGGAUCUGUUUUGAGUCUUUUGGGUUUUUCAUCAAAUUUGGUGCAAGAUGUUCCAAGUUGAUACAUUGAGGUGUUCUUGUUGCCUUUGUUUUUGGGUUCUUUCAUGGUUUUUGUUAAUCCCAAACACUCAUGGAUUACAAGCAGCUCAGACCCAAGCCUUGUUGCAGUUAAGGAUUUAUCUGGAGUACCCAGAAUCUUUGCAAAUUUGGGAGAAUUACAAUGGGGACCUGUGUUUCCUUUCUUCAUCUGCAAACAUGAGCAUUAAAUGUGAAGAUGAUGAAGUAACUGAGCUUAAAAUCAUGGGUGAAAAAUCUGUGAAGCCAUCAUGGUUCAAUGGAUUUGCAGUUCCCAAUCAGACACUAUCUGUGAAUUUCUCUAUCGAUUCCUUUUUCACUACGUUGACUAGGUUGACCAGCUUAAGGGUUCUAAGCUUGGUGUCAUUGGGGAUUUGGGGGCCACUCCCUGAUAAGAUUCACCGUUUAUCUUUGCUUCAAGUUUUGGACUUGAGCUCGAAUUUCAUGUUUGGUGCCAUCCCACCAAAAAUAUCCACAAUGGUAAAGCUUCAUGGACUUACACUUGAUGACAAUUAUUUUAAUACCACUAUGCCUGAUUGGUUUGAUUCAUUGCCUAAUCUAAGUAUCUUGAGUUUGAAGAGCAAUAGUUUAAAGGGUUCAUUCCCCUCCUCACUGUGCAAAAUUAGGACACUUGAAGUUAUUUCCUUGUCCCACAAUGAGCUGUCUGGGGAAUUGCCUGGUCUCAGUUCUCUCACUGGCCUACAUGUUUUGGAUUUAAGAGAGAACCAUUUAGAAUCUGAGCUACCAUUGUUGCCUAAAGCAGUUGUCACUGUUCUUCUUAGCAAUAACUCAUUAUCAGGAGAGAUACCUAAACAGUUUGGUAAAUUGGAUCAGCUUCAACAUCUAGAUCUUUCAUCUAAUCAUCUCUGUAAGAUACCACCAUCUACCUUGUUCUCUUUACCAAAAAUCAGUUAUUUGAAUCUGGCAAGCAAUGUGCUAAGUGGGGUUUUUCCAGACAAACUUAGUUGUGGUAGCAAACUUGGGUUUGUGGAUAUUUCUAGCAACAAGUUACAUGGUGAACUUCCUUCUUGCUUGGCCAAUACUUCUGAUAGCAGAGUUGUCAGAUAUGCUGGAAACUGUUUAUCUGUGGAUGAUUCUCAGGGCCAGCAUAGAGGGUCUUAUUGUAAAGAAUCUAGCUCAGGAUGGAAGAACUUUAAGGCGUGGAAAGUAGCUGCAGUAGUGGCCAUCACUGUUGGACUUGUUCUUGUGCUUUUGGUGUCUGGAGUUUUCUUAUGGAAAAAAUGCCAUUCUAGAAACACAACUGGGAAAGAUGUGUUGCUAAAGAUUGUCCAAGAUAACUCCACAACUGGGGUUUCCUCUGAACUACUUGCAAAUGCCAGAUUCAUUUCUCAAACAGUGAAACUAGGGACACAAACUACUCCAACCUGUCGACAAUUUUCAAUAGAUGAAUUAAAGGAAGCCACAAAAAACUUUGACUCGUCAACUUUUAUUGGUGAAGGCUCCAGUGGGAAGCUGUACAAAGGUAAACUAGAGAACGGAUCCUACGUGGCAAUACGAUCUUUGGCUCUAUCCAAGAAAUGCUCAAUUCAAAAUCUCAAAGCCAGAUUGGAUUUACUCUCAAAGCUUCAACAUCCAAAUUUGGUUAGCCUUUUAGGCCAUUGUAUUGAUGGUGGUGGACAAGAUGACUCCAAUACUCACGAACUUCAUCUUAUAUAUGAGUAUGUACCAAAUGGGAAUUAUCGUACCCAUCUGUCAGAAUUUUCUGCAGAGAAGGCACUUAAGUGGUCUGAUAGAUUGGCAAUUUUAAUUGGAGUUGCGAAGGCGGUGCAUUUCUUACACACUGGAGUUAUACCUGGCUGUUUUAGCAACCAACUAAAGACAAAUAAUGUCUUACUUGAUGAGCACGGCAUUCCAAAACUAAGUGACUAUGGUAUGUCCAUCAUCACGGAAGAAAUUGAAAAGCUUGAGGCAAAGGGUGAAAAGCCAAAAUCACGCCUAAGGCCAAAAGCGGAGGACGAUGUUUAUAAUUUUGGAUUCAUAUUGUUUGAAUCACUUGUUGGACCAAUAGCAUGUGACAAAGGUGAAACAAUUUUCCUACAUGAAAAGGCAUCCUUUGGCAGUCAAGAUGGUAGAAGAAAGAUUGUGGACCCAUUAGUGUUGACCACUUGCUCUCAAGAGUCAUUAUCAAUUGCAAUAUCAAUAACAACCAAAUGCAUAUCUCCAGAAUCUUCAUCUCGUCCCUCUUUUGAGGAUGUCCUAUGGAACUUACAGUAUGCAGCUCAAGUUCAAGCCACAUCAGAAGCAGACCAGAAAUCAGAUUCUAUAUAGCAUCAUAGGUCCAAGUGUGUAGUGUAGGAAGCUCAAAACUAGAGCUUCUACUAAUCCAUUCCUUCUCAACAAUGUAGAUAGAAAAAUCAAGGAUCUAAAAGUAAAAACACAAUGCAAGUUCAAAGGUAUAGUUGUAAAAAUGUUCACCCCCAUUUCUUUUUCUGUUUCUUCUAGAGUUCUCAUAGCACAUAAUUAGAAUUCACAUACUUUUUAGAAAGAAGUAUAGAAGAGGGAAUUUAGGCCAAUGAAUCAAAUCAUGAACUUGACUAACUACUGAUAGGAUGAAUGAUCCUGGAAGAUGUUUGGUUUAAAUUGUAAUCAUUGUUGAAAUUUCUAAUGAAUGUAUGGUAGUAUAUCAUGUCAAGAUGUAAAUUUUUCUUUCAGUAUGGGAUAUAGUUGCCUUCAAUUCCCACG